CUUAAUUUAAUAGCAGAGAGAAGAGAAAGCUUAUCGAAGCGGCGCCGGAAAGUUGAGCUAGCGCCCGACCAUUCGCCUUCAGUUCGCGAAAGAAUCUGCUGGUGAGGCGGCGAUGGCUGGGAUCCAAUCUGGAACGGCGGUGACUCUGGCCGAGUUGCGCCCCGAAUCACCGCUCUUUAAGGAAGGAGCUUCGCUUAGAGUCACUGGAAAGAUACAAGAAUAUAGCGUGGAGACAGCUAUAGCUACAGUUGUGGAUGGUGAUUCCAAACUCAAGAUUGACACCCAGCAUCUUAGGGAUCUGAGCUUUCGAACCGGCUCGAUCUUCCAGUUCAUUGGCGAACUCCUCAUACAUCCUGAUAACGAGGCAGUUCUGCAGGCAAGGGUUGGAAGGAAUGUCGAUGGAAUUGACCUUAACCUCUACCAUCAAUCUCUGCAGUUACUGAGGCAGUUCCAAGCUGACCACAUCAGGGCUUGAACAUUCCGACUCAGAAACCCGAAUCGAAAGUUCUCAUAAAGGGUAUCUGGCCAGAGAAAGGUACACCACCAAACGGCUUCUCAAAAUGUGUAUCGUUAUCUGCUUAUCUUUAACCUUUUGCCCUACCCGAUUGUAGAGAAACCCCUUCACUUUUUUGCAAUUUUCUAGCAUAGACUUAGCGAUGAAUGUGG